CUAAGUGCGAUACAGCGGGGAAGAUGGCGCCGUCGGUCCUCCCUGCUGAUUGGAUCAAAAACUGGGAAAAAUCAGGCAAAACUGAGUUUUUACAAUUAUGCCACAAUCUUGCAGACAAAACCAUUGAUGAUGUGACAGUACAAGAUAUUCAGGGCAUUCUGUACGAGCUGUCUUGGCAUGUCAUCCGAGGAAACCUCAAGGUUGACCUGGCCGCCAGCGUACUGGGGGAUGUCAUGGAAUUACGGGAGGACAUGUCAUCCAUUUUAGCUGAUGUUUUUUGUGUAUUAGAUAUAGAAACUAGUUGCUUUGAGGAAAAAAGCAAGCGUGACCAUUUUACUCAGUUAGUGGGAGCUUGUCUGUUCUUCAUGCCAGAUGCUGUGCUGAAGGAACGUCUAGACCCAGAAACACUGGAAUCCCUUGGGCUCGUCAAGCAAGCACAACAGUUCAACCAGAAAAUUGUCAAAAUCAAGACCAAGCUAUUUUAUAAGCAGCAGAAAUUCAACUUGUUAAGAGAGGAGAAUGAAGGUUAUGCCAAGCUGAUCACAGAGCUGGGGCAGGACCUGUCUGGCAACAUUACCAGUCAUCUUGUCCUUGAAAAUAUAAAGUCAUUGAUAGGGUGCUUUAAUCUUGACCCAAACCGUGUGCUGGACAUUAUCUUGGAGGUGUAUGAAUGUCGCUCGGACCAAGAUGAAUUCUUUCUGCCCCUUAUCAAGUCCUACAUGUGUGAGCCCCAGACCCUCUGCCAUAUCCUGGGCUUCAAAUUCAAAUUCCAUCAGGAACCCAACGAGGAGACUCCUUCAUCCUUGUACCAUGUUGCUGCUGCACUGCUUCAGCACAACCUCAUCAAGCUUGAGGACAUCUAUGUGCAUCUGCUACCUCUGGAUGCUACAAUCAUGGAGGAGCACAAGCACGAGAUCAUGGAGGCUAAGCAGAUCGCCCGCAAACUCACCAUGGUCGUAGUGCCUUCAGAGAAGAGUGAGGAUAAGGAGAAAGACAAAGAGGAGGAAAAGACAGAGAAGAGACCUGAUAACCAGAAGCUGGGGCUCUUGGAAGCCCUGCUGAGGAUUGGGGACUGGCAACAUGCUCAGAGCAUCAUGGAGCAGAUGCCACCCUUCUAUGCCACCUCACACAAGCCUAUUGCCUUGGCACUGUGCCAGCUGGUGCACUUGACCGUGGAGCCGCUUUACCGCAGAUCUGGCAUCCCUAAAGGUGCCAAAGGUCGAGUUUUGACACCUUUGCAGAACAAACGAGCCCCCAAGCCAGCUGAGACUUUUGAAGAUCUGCGUAGGGAGGUCUUCAGCAUGCUUUGUUACCUAGGCCCGCACCUGUCCCACGACCCUAUCCUCUUUGCGAAGAUCGUGCGGCUCGGCAAGGGUUUCAUGAAAGAGUAUCAAAAUGACAGCAAACUUGACAAGGAUAAGAUGGAUACCUUGCUGAGCUGCUUCCUUAGCAUUGCUGAUCAGGUGCUGCUGCCCUCGUUGACCCUGAUGGAGUGCAAUGCCUGCAUGUCUGAGGAGCUCUGGGGCCUCUUCAAACUCUUUCCCUACCAGCACAGGUACCGGCUGUAUGGACAGUGGAAGAAUGAAACCUACACCAGCCACCCUCUGCUUGUUAAAGUCAAAGCACAGACAGUUGACCGAGCCAAAUACAUCAUGAAGCGAUUGACCAAGGAGAAUGUGAAACCCUCGGGAAGGCAGAUCGGCAAGCUGAGCCACAGCAAUCCCACCAUCCUGUUUGACUAUAUUCUGUCACAGAUCCAAUGGUAUGACAACCUCAUUACACCUGUGGUGGAUUCAUUGAAAUACCUCACUUCACUGAACUAUGAUGUUCUGGCCUACUGCAUCAUUGAAGCACUAGCCAACCCAGAAAAGGAGAAGAUGAAGCAUGAUGACACGACUAUUUCAGCCUGGCUUCAGAGUCUUGCAAGUCUCUGUGGAGCUGUUUUCAGGAAGUAUCCCAUUGAGCUGGCUGGCCUUCUGCAGUAUGUGACGAAUCAACUUAAGGCAGGAAAGAGUUUCGAUCUGCUGAUCCUGAAGGAAGUGGUCCAAAAGAUGGCUGGUAUUGAGAUCACAGAUGAAAUGACAAUGGAGCAGCUUGAGGCUAUGACAGGGGGUGAACAGCUUAAGGCAGAGGGUGGCUACUUUGGUCAGAUCAGGAACACCAAGAAGUCAUCACAGCGUCUUAAAGAUGCCCUUCUAGACCAUGACCUGGCCCUACCAUUAUGUCUGCUCAUGGCACAACAGAGGAAUGGUGUUGUUUUCUCAGAGGGAGGGGAAAAGCACCUAAAACUGGUGGGAAAGCUCUAUGACCAGUGCCAUGAUACAUUGGUCCAGUUUGGUGGCUUCUUAGCUUCCAACCUCAGCACAGAAGACUACAUCAAACGUGUACCCCCCAUUGAUGUCCUGUGCAACCAGUUCCACACACCCCAUGAUGCUGCUUUCUUCCUAUCUCGACCUAUGUACGCCCAUCAGAUACUGUCUAAGUAUGAUGAACUGAAGAAGGCAGAGAAAGGCAACCGGCAGCAGCAGAAAGUGCACAAGUACAUCACUGCCUGUGAAAUGGUCAUGGCACCUGUGCAUGAGGCUGUAGUGUCCCUCCACCCCCCAAAGGUGUGGGAUGACAUCAGGCCCCAGUUCUAUGCCACUUUUUGGUCACUGACCAUGUACGACCUGGCCGUGCCCAGCAGUGCUUACGACAGAGAAGCCAAUAAGCUCAAGGCACAGAUGAAAGCCAUUGAUGAAAAUCAGGAAAUGCCCUUGAACAAGAAGAAAAAAGAAAAGGAGCGUUGCACUGCACUUCAGGAUAAGCUUCAGGAGGAGGAGAAAAAGCAGUUGGAGCAUGUGCAGAGAGUUCUGCAUCGGCUCAAGUUGGAAAAGGACAACUGGCUGUUGGCCAAAUCGACAAAGAAUGAAACAAUUACAAAGUUCCUUCAGCUCUGCGUUUUUCCACGUUGCAUCUUCUCUGCAAUUGAUGCAGUGUAUUGUGCACGGUUUGUGGAGCUGGUACAUCAGCAGAAGACACCUAACUUUUGCACCUUACUCUGCUAUGACCGAGUUUUCUCGGACAUAAUUUAUACGGUGGCCAGCUGCACAGAGAAUGAGGCUCGACGUUAUGGCCGCUUCCUGUGCUGCAUGCUGGAGACUGUGACCCGUUGGCAUAGUGACCGUGCCAUCUAUGAAAAGGAGUGUGGCAAUUACCCAGGGUUCCUCACCAUCUUUAGAGCAACUGGCUUUGAUGGUGGGAACAAAGCAGACCAACUUGACUAUGAAAACUUCAGACAUGUUGUGCACAAAUGGCAUUACAAGUUAACUAAAGCCUCUGUCCAUUGUUUGGAGACGGGCGAGUACACACACAUCCGCAACAUCCUUAUUGUGUUGACCAAGAUACUACCCUGUUACCCCAAAGUGCUGAACCUGGGUCAGGCGCUGGAAUGCCGUGUCCUUAAGAUCUGCCAGGAGGAGAAGGAGAAGAGGCCUGAUCUCUAUGCGUUGGCUAUGGGCUAUUCUGGCCAGUUGAAAAGCAGGAAGGUACACAUGGUCCCUGAAAAUGAGUUCCAUCACAAGGAGCAGCCAGUGCGCAGUGCUACCCCGGCAAACAUCCAGAAUGGACCAGGCAGUGCCAGCAAACCUGCACCAACAAAGCCAGAGGAUGGCAUGACUGAUGAUGCAGAUAAAUCCAAGGAUAAAUCUCAGGGGGCUUCUAAACCUGCAAACAAAGCCAACAGCACAGCGACCAAAGUCGCCACGAGCAAUGGAAACAGUGCUCCAAAUAGCACCAAAGCUGUUAAAGAAAAAGAUGACAAGGAAAAAAGUGUGAAAGAGAAGAAGGAGAAGAAAGAAAGGACACCAGGUAGCACUCCAGAGACCAAAGCAGUGGGGAAGGACAAGCUGAAAGAGGAGAGGCUUGGCAAGGAUGAGAAGGCGCGUGAUGGCAAAGAGAGGACUCCAAAGACGAGUGAGGAUAAGAUGGGAAAAGAAGAAAAGGCCAGGGCCAGCUGCAACCUAGAAUUUAGAUCUGAUAAGGAGUCAUCCAGGGAGCGAGAUGUGUCUAAGGAGUCCAAGAUGAAGGACAGCAGCAAGGGAGAGAAGGGCUCCACAGCGGCAUCCUUGAAGUCACCUGUCCCUCGAUCUGAGUCCGCUGAGUCUGAGCGUGAACAAAAGAGGCGAAAACUCGACACCCACUCGUCACCAUCACACUCCUCUACUGUUAAGGACAAUCUCAACGAACUCAAGGAUUCUUCGUCAAAGCACUACGUCAACCACAACACAGCCACACAAUCCAAGAGCAAAGAAAGGGAGAUGGACAAGAAAGAUUCAGAGAAAUCCAGAGACCGAUCCAAAGAAAGAGAAAAAAAAGAAGAUAAAGACAGGAAGGACAGAAAACGAGAUCAUUCAAACAGUGAUCGCGAAAUGAGUCAAGAGCUGAAGCGCAGAAAAGAUGAAAAUGGAACAAAUUCCUCUAAACACAGCAAGAGUGCAAGCCCUGUAGACUCGCCACGUCCCACGGACAAGGACAAAAGCAAGAGCUCAAAGUCAUCCAGCAAGGAAAAGACUGACCCAGCAAAACCUGAAAGGAACUCCACUGGAGGCAAAAAGGAAUCGAGACAUGACAAAGAAAAAUCUGUGAAGAAAGAAAAAAGGGACAGCAGUGGUGGGAAAGAAGACAAAAAACAUCAUAAAUCCUCUGAGAAGCACAGAUAAAAUAUGCUGAUGCAGCCAUGCUUUAUCUGUUGGGUUGUUACAAGACAGACCAUCACACAAGAUACUUUUAUCACCUUUUUUUUUUUCCCCUUCCCCCCUAAUCUGGAGGGCCCAUUUUGACAGUUACUGCCUGCUAAAUGUUUUUGCUGUGCUGCCCAUAAAUGUUCUAGCUGUAGUGUUUUUAAACUUUUUUUUUUCUUUAUAUUUUCAGUACCAAACUGAAAGUCUCUCCUCUUUGAAUAUUAGCACAAUGUGCUGCUUACUUCGUAAAUGUAAUUUGCUUAUGACCAAUGGAUACAAUAAGUGGCUUCAGAUAGGCCUGUAUUUGGACUAUUUCUCAAGUGGUGGAUAUGGUAAAUUUUUUUUUUUUCUUUUUUUUUUAAGGUCAGGCUUUUUUUAGUUUAUUGCCAAUAAAACACAUUGCUGCAUUUACCUCGUUUAGAUUUACAUUUGUAUUUAUUUUUUCUCUUUUUAAUCCACGUAUGUGAAAUAUUUAG